AUGUCAGCCUUACCAAGCUCUAAGAAUACACCUGCCCAAUCGAAAGCUAUCACACAAGAAAAGAGUGAAACACCAAUAGAACCCAAGCCGGCAGCUGCAGUUUUGGAGGAAGACGACGAAUUUGAGGACUUUCCAGUAGAGAACUGGGGCCCAGAAGAGACUGAGCCUAGCAGCAACACUUAUCUGUGGGAGGAGAGUUGGGAUGACGACGAUGUUUGUGAAGACUUUUCUGCACAACUAAAAGAAGAACUCAAGAAAGUCGAGACAAAUAAAAAGUCUUGA